GGUGUCGCAAAGACUAGAUCGUCGCCAUAAGUUCGGGCGUUACCCACAGCAACGAAUCAACAUCUCUCCUUCCUUACGACAGUUGGAACCGACUUGACCAGCCAAACCGUUUUUGAAGACUCGACAAAACUACUAAAAACUAUUCACCUACAAAAGGCGGAUCGUUUCUUCCCUCCCAUAAGUCAUUAUUCAACCAUAAAUAAGCAAGGAAAAUGGCAGCCGGAAAGAAGCGAGUUGAUCAUGUGGCUUGGCAAAUCGAAGUAGCCACCAAUGAAGAGUGGGAGGAACUCACCAAGCUUCAAGGCCUUGUUGUGGUGGAUGUAUACUCGGAAUGGUGCGGCCCUUGCACGGCUAUGGCAAGUCAUUUAAAAGAGAUUAAACUUCAAUUAGGGGAUGAUUUUCUCCACUGCGCUCUGGCUAAAGCGGAUUGCAUCGGUCAGCUCUCCAAGUUUAGGAGCCGGAGCGAACCAACUUGGCUUUUCCUGGCCGGUGGCGAACCUGUAGCGUUGAUUAGGGGUGCUAAUGCACCUCUCAUCCGUAAAACUUUACUGGCUGAACUGCAAACGGAAAAGGAAGUGCUGGAAGGAACCCGUCAAAGGGUUUCGUUGUCAUGGGAUAGUUUUGAUUUGCCAAACAGCAACCCCGAGACAGAGGAAACUAAUCAAGAAGACGUUGAGUUGACUACUGCGCCAGAUAAUUGGUUAGAACUUGACGGAUUGACUUUGAAAGGAUCCUAUCGCUUGAUUCUCGAUAAAUUGGUUGAAGCAUUGACCGAAAAAAAUUUGCCGAUCGCCGCCAGAUCAGCUGUAAGUCUCGACAAAAAAGAUUGUCUCAUUCUGUGGUUCCCUUCGACGGUGGAAGACGAAAGCCUGGCAGAGUGGUUUGACCACACUAUUAAAUCACUGAUUGCUGAAGUUGAACCAAAAACUGUACAUGAAGAAGGCACAGAAGACGAGCUGACGGAAAACACGGAAGGAUUGGAAUUGGAGGAGAAAACGGAACCUACGGAUGAAAACCCUUCCAGUGCCGAAGCCAAUGCGGAGGAAUCGGAAUACCAGCCGAUAGAAUUCCAUCUGAUAGCCGAUCCUGACGAAAAAGAGGCGCUGAUCAAGCAAUUGGAAAAGGAAUCAACGGAAGACGGUGAAACUGGUGAGAACGAAACUCCCACCGUGGAAGAGGUCGCUGAAGAAGAAGAGGAAAAACAGCAGGAAGAAGAAGAACCCAUUGAAAAUCUGGAUAAAAUCGUCGAAGAAGAAUUGGUUAAAGAUGUUACCGAAUCAGCCGAGUAGACCUUAAAUUCUUUCAACUUUCUAAAACAAAACAAAAAAUAAUAAUUCCAGUCGUAGAAAAAGUUCUACGUAGCCCUUUAUACAUAAACGGGAACUGCUUGCGAUCAGGGAUGAAUCCAUGUGAUGUAUCCCAACAGCUGUCUAGAAGAAAGGAUCCGAAGCUUUGACUACAAGGCACCGUUUAAUCACGUUCGUUUGCAUCGAUCAUCAAAAGGAGGUGAGCACACGGCGGCAGUACGGAACAAGCUGUAGAAAAUUGCAUUCGGAAAACACAUCCGACGAUGGCGUGCAAGAUGUGAGAGAGGAAGUAUAACAACAGUCUCGAACAAAAGUUUGUGUGGAUUCGUUUAAACUGUGCCCGCUUGGAAAUCAAGAGGAAAGAAAACGUCAAAAUAAACACGCGCCCGUAUAGUGGUAGCAACACGCAA